AUGGUUCAAAGUCGUCAUAUUAGCAUGGCAGCCCUAGCCGUGUACGGUUUACUCUGCUCAUUGGCAGUUGGUAAAAAUACUGUUUCAUUUGAUGAAUACAAGGAUUCUGACGGUAAAGUACGUCGUACCUUGAGUCCUGACACUGUUGAGUUGGAUACAAGAGAUAAAAGUGGGGCUGAAAAAGCUCAUGAAGGUCUAUCCAUCGUUAAUGAUAUUUUCCACAAGCGUGAUGCCGAAGCUGAUGCAAAUUUGUUGAACACUUUGGAAGACAUUUAUACCCGUGAGGAUGGUUUGGAUAAAGCUAAUGAAGUUUUGCAUGAUAUCUUCAAGCGUGAAGACAAGGCUGAGGAAGCAGGCUCUAUCCUACAUGACAUCUUCCACAAACGUGAUGCAAACAUCUUUGGUGAUGCUGCAAAGCAAGACUUACAAACUUUGGGAAAGAUCUACAAGAGAGAUGCCAAGGAUGGUGCUGAAAAGGCCGAUGAAGUGUUGCAUGACAUUUUCAAGAGGGACGCUAAGGAUGGCGCAGAAAAAGCCGGUGAAGUCUUACAUGACAUUUUCAAGAGAGAUGCUAAGGAUGGUGCAGAAAAGGCUGGUGAAGUUUUGCAUGAUAUCUUUCACAAGAGAGACGCCAAGGACAGUGCAGAGAAGGCCGACGAAGUUUUAAAGGGCAUUUUCAAGCGUGAAGACAAGGCUCAAGAGGCUGGUUCUAUUUUGCAUGAUAUCUUUCACAAGAGAGACGCCAAGGAUGGCGCAGAAAAGGCCAGUGAGGUUCUGCAUGAUAUCUUCAAGCGUGAAGACAAGGCUGAGGAAGCAGGUUCUAUUCUACAUGACAUUUUCCAUAAGCGUGAUGCAAACAUUUUUGGUGAUGCCGCAAAGCAAGACUUACAAACUUUGGGAAAGAUCUACAAGAGGGAUGCUAAGGAUGGCGCAGAAAAGGCCGGUGAAGUCUUGCAUGACAUCUUCCAUAAGAGAGAUGCCAAGGAUGGCGUUGAAAAGGCCGAUGAAGUGUUACAUGACAUUUUCAAGAGGGACGCUAAGGACGGUGCAGAAAAGGCUGGUGAAGUUUUACAUGACAUUUUCAAGAGAGAUGCUAAGGAUGGUGCAGAAAAGGCUGGUGAAGUUUUGCAUGAUAUCUUUCAUAAGAGGGACGCCAAGGACAGUGCAGAGAAGGCCGACGAAGUUCUAAAGGGCAUUUUCAAGCGUGAAGACAAGGCUCAAGAGGCUGGUUCUAUUUUGCAUGACAUCUUCCACAAGAGAGAUGCUAAGGAUAGUGCUGAAAAAGCCGGUGAAGUCUUGCAUGACAUCUUCCAUAAGAGAGAUGCCAAGGAUGGCGUUGAAAAGGCCGAUGAAGUGUUACAUGACAUUUUCAAGAGGGACGCUAAGGACGGUGCAGAAAAGGCUGGUGAAGUUUUACAUGACAUUUUCAAGAGAGAUGCUAAGGAUGGUGCAGAAAAGGCUGGUGAAGUUUUGCAUGAUAUCUUUCAUAAGAGGGACGCCAAGGACAGUGCAGAAAAGGCCGACGAAGUUCUAAAGGGCAUUUUCAAGCGUGAAGACAAGGCUCAAGAGGCUGGUUCUAUUUUGCAUGACAUCUUCCACAAGAGAGAUGCUAAGGAUAGUGCUGAAAAGGCCAGUGAGGUUUUGCAUGAUAUCUUCAAGCGUGAAGACAAGGCUGAGGAAGCGGGCUCUAUUCUGCAUGACAUUUUCCACAAGCGUGAUGCAAACAUCUUUGGUGAUGCUGCAAAGCAAGAUUUACAAACUUUGGGAAAGAUCUAUAAGAGGGAUGCGAGUUCUCCCCAACAAGCGAGUUUUGAUAUAAAGGAGAACUUUAGAUCCAUGGAUUUGGAUUCUGUUUUUAAUUUGCUAAAUGAUGUUGAUCUUUUCUACAGCUAUGUGAGAGAAGAUGUCCCAUUUGUUAACCAACUAGCUGAUACUAACCAAGAUGUGAUCAUCAUUGCUCCUACUAAUGAGGCAAUUGCUCAGUUAGAUAAGAAGCCUUGGGAAUUUCCUCGUAACAUUGAGGCCUUAGAACAGGCGGGUUCUAGCGAGGAGGAAAUUGAUGCCGCUAUUCAAGGAAACAUUCUCGAUUUUGUUAGAUCCCAUGUGAUCCUCUCUGACAAUAGUAGCUCCUAUUCUAAGGAGGAAAGUGAAGAUACUUCCUUUCCUCGUUAUGUGAAAUAUACUCGUAGUGUGGCUAUGGAAAAUCAAAAUGCAGGCAACGAUAACGUUACAGUUGCCCUUGAUGACAUUUUGAUCAAAAACGACUAUGGUUCUUUCUCUGUUGCUUCAUUAAAGGACAGGGAAUUUCACGAUGUCAAGAGUGUGGAAAUGGGCGUUAACGGUGUUGUUCUAAUCGUUGACUCUUGUUUAGCUUGGCCAGAUUUCUAA